AACAAAAGCAAUCGCAAACAGGAUCCUUCACCAAACACCAACACCACCAGGCAUUUCUUCAUCCUCACCACCUUACAGCUGACGAUAGCAGUUGUCAAAUUGCAAUCGCGCAAAUACGACAACAGUAUCCCUACAACCAAUUUUUAGCGAUUCGCGAACAACCAGACUUUUCCACAACAGCCACUACAUCACCACUACAUCACCAACAAUGGCCUCCCGCUCGAGGUCUCGGUCGGCCGACCGCUACGAUGACGACCGCUCCAGGUCUCACACACCUCGCCGCCACCGUUCUCUUACACCCCGCUCCGCCCGCGACUACUCGCGCGAACCCUCGCCCGCCCUUGGAGACAGAGACGCUUCCUUCGACCGUGAACGAGGCCGCUCCCCGCCCCGCAGAAAUGGUGGCGGUGGUGGUCGUCGUAGCCUGAGCCCGCCACCCGCUCGCGCUAGGAGCUACAGCCGUGGAGGAGAUAGUCGCUCGAGAUCCAGAAGCCUCACCCGCAGCCCCAGCCCACUUCAGCCCGUCAGGAGCACCAAGAUUGUCGUCGAGCGCUUGACCAAGAACAUCAACGAGAACCACCUUCGCGAGAUCUUUGGCCAGUUUGGAGAGAUUGAGGAUUUGGAUUUGCCUCUGAACAGGACAUCCCGCACAAAUCGCGGCACAGCCUACAUCCUCUACGUACACGAAGCCGGCGCCGAAGCCGCCAUCGCCCACAUGCACGAAGCUCAGCUCGACGGCGCCGUCAUCAAUGUUUCCAUUGUCCUUCCCCGCCGCAAAUUCUCUCCUUCUCCACCUACCGCUCGUAGGGGCGCCAACUACGAUCCCCGCCAACCCCCGCCGGGAUCCAGAGGAGGAGGCCGCGGCGGCCGUAACAGAUCCCCCGGACCCCGUGGUGGUGGACGUCACGCACACCGUUCCGAUACUUAUCGACCUCGGUCGUUGUCACGAUCGCGAUCCCGUUCUCGCUCCCCCGUGGCCGCGUCUGGAGGAAACAGGAGAUACCGGUCUAGGUCACGCUCUUGGUCCUCCCGUUCACGCUCUCCUAGUCCGAGGGGCGGACGUGGCGGAAGAGGAGGAGGUGGUAGAGGCGGAAGAAACGACGUGGACGACAGAGGACGUAGGAGUCCUAGCCGCGCUAGUUACGACAGCUAUGAUCGCAGGAGUAGGAGCCGCAGCCGCAGCCGUGAUUGGGACAGACGUUAGGUGCAUCCCUCACGCAGGGUUUGCACGUGGCAGCCUGGGGGAGAUUCUCGCGGUGCAUAGGACGAGGUAAAGGAGGAAGGUAAUCGGUUAAUGGGAGCAUCAGGCGUUGGGAGAGGCAGGAAAAAGUCGACGAUACAAAAAGGGGACAACAACAGGUUCGGUGUGAGUGUCCUUCCCUUUUGGAGGAAGUAUUGUAUGAAUAACAGGAGAAAAGGGGGAUUUACUCGUGUUAGCUUACAUCGAUUUGUACAGGACGCCUGAAGAACAUCUCGCGAUCCGAACCGAAUCCCAAGAUAGAUGCCAACAAUUGUUGAAGUUGGUCCCUGCAAGAGAUGAACACGAAGAAUCAGAUAACAUCCAAAAUUCAACGUCGUUGCUCGCCGGCGUCCAUGUUCGUUUCUUGGUGUCGUAUGUAUACAAUAGCGAUUCGUAUUCCCUCGCUAAGAACAUGCAACGUUAACCCCGUUGCCUGGGUCUCGAGAUGACUCUUUCGACCUACUGUCAACGAUCCGCAUCCCGAAAGAUCCCAUUUCAGAACCUCACCGUCCGCCAUUACCAAGCCAAUUACGUGAUGGUCGAGCACUCUUCCAGCAACUAGGAAACAGGCCCGAUUACCAGUAAACACUCCGAUGACCAGGCGAAGCAUGCAUUUUUCGAUGAUCCGAAAUAUUUCGAAACACUUUCGGUCAGCCCUAAACGUGGGCCCGAGGCUGCGCCCUUCGUCAUGUGCCGCGCGUAUCUGGGGAACCAUUUCAGUUUCUCUGUCUCGGAUACAAGCGAUUGCGCCACAAUACAACCAAGGCACCGAGCCGGCAUCUGGCGGCUCUUUGACAAUACGGUGCCGCCGAGUCGGGUCUGCGUUGUCAUUUCCAAUGGCUUGGUACUGGUUGAAGCAUCAUUCUCAAAGGUGUUCACCUCGCCCUUCCCCCAGGCCACAAGAACACAUCAUCACGUCAACAGGCCCAAUUACAUUUUAUGCCCAAGCACAAGUGUGCGUGGCACCACAGUCACUUGUACAAGUGAUUCAUCAUGAUACAACGUGCUGGUUGAGCCCUUCGAAUGGGUUCUUUUGCUUGUGCUUACUGUCUGCUGCAAUGUCAGAGUGUCAUCUCUGUUUCCACACUCCUCUCUCCUCAAGUUUCCCUUGCUGUCUCGUUUCUUCUUUACCGCACGCAACAGAGCACAUGACCAACACCGGCUAUCCAAAACCACAAGGACAGCGCCCGAUAUGCGAGAGUUCUCACCGCCCUGAUCACGCCGCAAACCUAUUCUGGAUAAGAGGCUCAGAUCAUGUAUGGCAUUGCUGUGUCUUGGUACCUUUUUUCUCCUCGUCCUUCUGUCCACCAGGCACAAUUCAGGCACUCAGAUGUUCCCAUCGAGAGACAUAGGUACCUCCCGAACUCCCCGACACGGUUCCUGCCGUGGGUUCCCACCACCAUGCUCGGAAACGGGAAAGCAGGCCCUCCCUGGGCUGUCAACGCGGCUUUGCGAGCAUGAUCAAAUAAUACCUGGUCUCGUGGCCUGAGGAGUCAGGAGUAAGACCAUGUUGCCUGCGGUUGGACGACGUCAACAACUCGAAGCCUCGAGAAAGCGAGUGAGGAGUCAUUCUCUGGAGCUCGUCUUCAUCUUGCUACAGUUCCUGACCGAACGGGAUCUUACCAGACUUACCUACGGUAACUUUUUUUUCCCCUAGAAGGCAGUACUUGUCCUUGUUGAUGCCUUGGGUUCUUCGGGCC